AUGGCAAAUAUCAUCUGCCAACACAAGUGGCACAGGCCAUUUGACCAAGAUCAGGACCGUCUCCGGUCCGUUGGCCAGUACCACUACGAUGGGAACCGGGUUUACAUCCUGGUGGAUAACGGACCACCCAACUCACAGGAUGUAUCCACGUUCAUUUAUAGAUGGGACGGAGAACGGUUUAUCGAGAUGCCACUCAACCCGAUAUUCGCAACCUUCCUCCAACAGUACCCGUUCAAUGCUGCACGUACCUCAUCGGGCUAUACCGACGAAGAGUACAGGAAUACCUUUGGGGAAGAGAAAUACCAAGCAAUGCUCAUUCAGCGGAUUAGACAGAGACGGAAGUGGGGACAAGACCUGCCAUCGCAGGAGAAGGCUUUCCUCCAAGAUCAUCCCGAGCUUUCCUCACAGCUUUGA